AUGGCUAGCGCCGACGGUGGUGCUUAUAGUUAUUCUUUGACCGUCUUCUCCCCAAGUGGAAAGCUUGUUCAGAUUGAACACGCACUUGCUGCCGUAUCGCAGGGCACAACAAGUCUUGGUAUCAAAGCCACAAAUGGAAUUGUCAUUGCCACUGAAAAGAAGACAUCCUCUAUCCUCAUCGACGACUCUGUGAUUGAGAAAGUAGCUACGAUCUGCCCCAACAUUGGAAUCGUUUACUCAGGGAUGGGACCAGACUUUCGGAUACUUGUCACGAAGGCGCGAAAGAGUGCUCAGGCAUACUGGAAGAUCUAUGGGGAAUACCCACCUACAAGAGUGCUGACACAGGAAAUUGCGACAGUCAUGCAGCAAGCUACACAAUCAGGAGGUGUAAGGCCUUAUGGUGUAUCAUUACUAGUUGCAGGCUGGGACAGCCAUCGAGGUCCUUCCCUUUAUCAAGUUGAUCCUUCCGGUUCCUUUUGGGCAUGGAAAGCAAGCGCGAUCGGGAAAAACAUGAUCAAUGCCAAAACUUUCCUGGAAAAGAGGUAUAACGAUGACAUCAGUCUGGAGGAUGCCAUCCACACUGCACUUUUGACCCUUAAGGAAGGAUUUGAGGGUCAAAUGACUGAGAAGACUAUUGAAAUCGGUGUAGUUACUGUCCCAACGCCCGCAGAACUGGAAGAGGGCAAGAUUGGAGGCGAAACAGGUCGGCCGAAACCUACUUUCAGGAAACUUACUGAAGAGGAAGUCCGCGACUAUUUGGCUCUUUAA